GUCCCUCUAGAUAAUAGAUUGUUGCGACAUGAGUCAUUUAACUUUGACAAAAUUUGGAAUAAAUAUAAAAGUUCCAUGUUUGUUACUGGAAUAUAAAGCGGAUAAGAAAUUGAAACAGUUGGUAAUGCCGAUAAGAGAUUUCAAUGGAGAGAGUAAUGUCGAAUCAGUUGCAAGAGACUUGAAAAGGAAAGAGGCCAUAUUACAGAUUCCUGUAGAAUUGAUAGAGAAGAUGUUGAAAAUUUUACAAGGAACUUUGAAAGGUUUGUCGCUGAACGAAGCAAUCGACAAAGUAAACGUUAAUGACAAUGGGAAUUUGCAAAUUAAUGACGGAUGUGACAGUCCUGCAGAGGGAGACACGUCCGAAAAUUCUAAAGAUUUUUGGUAAAUACAACAAAAGCACCAGAGGAAAUAAAAUAAAAUGGCACUGUAUAUUCUUAAAGUCACGAAGUUUAACGCUGAUUCGUUCAUAU